AUCAACAAAACAAGGUGAGUGAUAGAGUGGCAGCCACUCCACUCAUCAAGCUCUCUCAUGUGUUUUAGAGGUCAGCAAGGAAAAUCUCCAGGCAGAGAUGCAGGAUACUAGGGCUAGGAUCAGCGAAAAGGAGAAGAGGCUGGAGGAAGAAAUGGUGGAAGAGGAAAUCAAUCACCUGAUUCAGGAGAAGAAUUUUCUACAUAAAAAAGUUGGAGUGUUGACAUCUCACCUGGCAGCCUGGGAAGGCUUCCAGCAAAUGACUGGUGAUGAAGAGCCCCAAGGUCGACAUGAGGCACAGCAACUGUCCCAAGCAAAGAUGCUGAAGGUUGGGAAUGUGUCAAAGAUGGAGGAAAAGUGGACUCAUUGUGAGGAGAGCUACCAAGGAGCCUUGGUUCCCCUCCCUGAGAAGUGGAGCCUGUGCAAUUUCUUCAUCUCCAGCACUGACACAGAUGCUGCUCAGCCACAGGAGGAUUUCCCGGAGCUACUGAGGAGAAUGGUGAACGUGGAAAAUCCCAUACGAAAAUACAUUGAACUGGAAAAUCUCGGCAGCGGGGCUUUUGGAGAGGUUUCUAGAGCACUUGACAUUGCCACAGGAGGAGAGGUGGCCAUAAAGAAAAUCAAUGUUCAAGGACGGAUCAGGAAGGAAGCAAUUGCUUAUGAACUCAUGGUCAUGAAAAUGAAUAGGAACCCCAACAUUGUGACCUAUUUAGAGAGUUACUUUCUGGGGAAGCACCUUUGGCUGGUGAUGGAGUACAUGGACGGAGGCACUCUGAGAGAUAUCAUCAAUGAGACUCAAAUGUCUGAAGGAGAGAUUGCAGUCGUCAGCCGUGAGGUCAAGGAUCCCACCUGUGCUUCCAAGGACUUGAGCAAGAUUGUCUGGGAAACUGAGGCUCAGAAUGGGAGUGAUUUCAUGGGCCAAGCUUGGUUUCUGUGUUGCUGGUAUGCUAUGGGCAAGCAAGAGCCUUUCAAGUGAACUGCCUGCCAGUGUCCCUGCACUCAC